CACACAGGAACAAAUCGACUGGGAAAAUUGAAUUCAAAUCCCUUCGAAUUUUCUCGAGAAAAAAAACACAAAAUUUUCUCGAGAAAACAAUCACUCGUCGCGGAAUCGAGUUACAUACAAUGAAACCAUGGUUAUGCUUGAUAAUUUUGUUGAUUUCAGUUGAAUCAAAAGCUUCUUUGGGAUCUCAAUCUCAGAGUUCAGAUGUGGCAUAUGCGACUCUGUUGUACGGAGAUGAAUUCUUGUUGGGCGUUCGAGUUCUGGGGAAAUCGAUUCGCGACACUGGAUCCAAACAGGACAUGGUGGUUUUGGUCUCAGAUGGUGUCUCUGAUUAUGCCAAUCACCUUCUCCAGGCUGAUGGGUGGAUAGUUGAGAAGAUUAGUUUACUGGCGAAUCCGAAUCAAGUGCGUCCAAAGAGAUUUUGGGGUGUUUAUACCAAGCUCAAAAUAUUUAACAUGACUAACUACAAGAAAGUUGUUUAUCUUGAUGCCGACACGAUUGUGGUUAAAAAUAUUGAAGAGCUUUUCAAGUGUGGAAAAUUCUGUGCUAAUUUAAAGCAUUCUGAGAGGUUAAAUUCGGGAGUCAUGGUGGUGCAGCCAUCUGCUGCUGUCUUUAGUGACAUGAUGAGCAAAGUGACAACUCUACCAUCUUAUACUGGAGGGGAUCAGGGAUUUCUCAAUUCGUAUUACUCUGGAUUUCCCAAUGCACAUGUCUUUGAGCCAAAUAUGACACCUGAAAUGUUGGAUAGUAGACCAGUUCCUGAAAUGGAGCGACUUUCCACACUUUAUAAUGCAGAUGUUGGUCUUUACAUGCUGGCUAACAAGUGGAUGGUAGAUGAGAAUGAACUCCGUGUGAUUCAUUAUACACUUGGUCCUCUUAAGCCUUGGGACUGGUGGACAUCUUGGCUUUUGAAACCUGUUGAUGUCUGGCAGAAUGUAAGGGAACAGCUGAAGGAAUCCCUUCCUGGAACUGCAGGCGGCCAAAACCCUAAAGAUGAUUUUCUUGUGAAGUUUCUUUUUCUGCUUCCAUUUUGUGCUUUGCUCUUCUGCUGUUAUCGUGCAUUUCUAAAGUAUUUUCUGCAGAAUCAAGGGAACUUUGGUUCCUGUUGUAGAAGCCCACUAUUUGAUCAUGUCAGACACCUUUAUUAUAGGAUGAAAUCAGGGCCCCCACUUGCAUAUACCAGCAUUUCCACUUCUACUAUCAAUUCCAUCCAUCAGCUCUUAAAUGGUAAUCACUGCAAGGUGCCAGCAUAUUUGGGUGGUAUUUCUGUCUGUGUCUGUUUUAUGGCUACAGUGGUUUCUCUUGGACUAGCUCUCUUGAUAGUACCUCGGCAAGUGACUCCAUGGACUGGUUUGCUUUUGAUGUAUGAAUGGACAUUCACAAUCUUCUUUAUAUUAUUUGGAGGUUACCUCAGUUUGAUUUAUCAUUGGGGAAAGAUCAUGGCUUCACGAGCAUCUUCCUCAUUGUCUCAGCCUGGAUCUUCUGAUGACGAUGCAGGAAAAGGCCAUCAGCGUCAGAUAUCAUCUUGUGAUGCUGCUGCAUGGUUCUAUGGAUUAGGAAUGGCCUUCUUGGCCAUUGUUGCUCCAUCUUUACCUUGCCUUUUCGGAAUUACUGCCUUGUUUUUACGGUUAGGUUUGAUGGUUGUUGGGGGCAUUAUAUUAACAUCUUUCAUGACAUACGCCUCUGAACAUCUUGCUAUCAGAUCGUUUCUGAAAGGCCUUGAAGAGAAGGACAUUGCCCGACAUGGGAGCUUCUGUUUCUGUUGUUGAUAGUAUUCUUGGAAGUGGUGCAAACUAUGGUGGAUUAUUGUUCUAUUUACCUUAUUGCGUUCAAACACGCUUCAUUUAUCCACAUAAGAAGUCGGAUAAGUUACCAUACGCAACCCUCAUCUUUGAGCCUGGACUAGAAAGAUUGGCAACGGAGUGUGUUUGAAAAACCAUUGCUUUCCCUUUAAUCCUAAUGAUAGAACUCUUCUCCUUUCACCUUUUAUGUAUGGGAAAACCAAACAUACUUUGUGCUGCAUUUCAGACACACAAGAAGCAUGACAUCAGGGCGAAGAAAACUGUAGGAGAAACCAUAGUAGUUUAGUCUUUGGUAACACUCAAUGAUAUUUGAUGCAUGUAACUGAUCUCAUCAACUUGGAGUUUGUUAUUGUUGUAUUCAACUAACAGGUAGCAUUGUUCUAGCUGCAAGUGUAAUGUUGAAAGUUUUCUCUAUCAAUAUAAGUUUCCACGAUUCUUGCCUGA